CGCGCGGGCGUGUGCGCGCGCGUGUGUGUGUGUGUGUGUGUGUGUGUGUGUGUGUGUGUGUGUGUUCCUCCAGGCCUGAAGACAUACCUGAUCUCGGGGAGGAAGUCGGCCCAGCUCUCGGCCUGCACCUGCUGCCAGGCCGGCCUCGGCGUGCCGGAGCACGGGGCCGCCCUUGGCUGCACCUCACCCAGGAACCAGAGCCCCUCCGGGGGGCCCGAGGCCGGCAGCCUGCCCCUGGAGAGAGCCACGUCUCCCUGUCUCUCAUUCAACGCGGUUCUGAUUCCCGGGGUGGACAAGAGGUUGGACGAGCAGAACGGUUGCCCUGGCGACCACCUGGCCAACAGCAACAAGGACCCCUCGUCCCUCCCAUUACCCCCCUCUGCACCGCCCCCCGUGGGUGGCCCCCCCGCCUCCGGCCCGCGGCCCCGGGCCCCCAACGGGCUGCUGGGCCCCCAGGGGGCGGAGCCGCUGACCACCAGCCAGACGUCGCUGUGCGAGAUGCUGCAGGAGAAGGAGAAGAAGGAGACCUGGUGUGUGGGCGGGGGGGCGGUGGGGGCCAUGGGGGCGGGCAUGGACCACGCCGCCCUCAUCCCGCUGCGCUCCAAGAACUUCCGCCAGAGGAGCGACGCCCACUUUGUGGACGUCAUCAAAGAGGACAGCUUGAUGCAGGACUAUUUCUACAAGCCUCCCAUCAACAAGCUGAGUCACACCUUCCUCGACAAGAGCCUGGAAUCUGCCUACAGGUGCAGCUACCAGAAAGAGGUGGAGAGCCAGGCUGCCGUCCAGACCUUCACCAGCCCCACCUUCAGCUCCUUCCUGGACAUGCUGCUGUGCUGCUGGGUGUUCCUGGCCCUGUCCCUGGCCUGCUUCCUGCGGCCCCUGGUGUCCGGGCAGGGGCCCUCCGUCCUGCCGCUGGCCUCCACCGCCGUGCUGGCCCUGCUGGAGCUCCUGGCCCUGUUCAUGGCCGUACGCAUGGCGUUCUACCUGGACUGCGUGCUGAGCUGCACCCGGUACGUGAUGCGGACCGUGUCGUGCUGGUGGCCCCGUCACCUCAUCGGAGCCGUGCUGGUGUCCCUGCCCGCGCUGGCCGUCUUCGUCCACGUCACCUGCAGCAUGCACCUGUCCAUCCAGUUCACCAUGUUCACCUGCUGCGCGGCCAUCAUCGCCAUCAUCCAGUACUGUAACUUCUGCCACCUCAGCUACUGGAUCCGCUCGGCCUUAGCCACCCUGGUGGGCUCGGCGCUCGUGGCGCUGCUGUUCGCCCCCCACUGCAGCGAUCCCAGCAGCCUCGUAUUCUGGUCAGACGACCCGUUCGACAACAGCAGCAGCAGCAGCAGCAGCAGCAGCAACGCGUCCGCGGCUGUGACUGACGGCCGGCCCGAUCCGUUGCCCCGCCCCCAAGACCUGCUGGGCCCUGAGGCCUGCGUGGCCUUCUCCCUGCUGCUCCUCCUCGUCUGGUUCCUGAACCGCGAGUUCGAGGUGAGCUACCGCCUCCAUUACCACGGCAACGUGGAGGCGGACCAGCACCGCAUCAAGAUCCAGAACAUGAGGGACCAGGCCGACUGGCUGCUGCGCAACAUCAUCCCCAUCCACGUCGCCGAGCAACUCAAGGUCACCCAGAGCUACUCCAAGAACCACGACGACGUGGCCGUCAUCUUCGCCAGCAUCGUCAACUUCAGCGAGUUCUACGAGGAGAGCUACGAGGGCGGCAAGGAGUGCUACCGGGUCCUCAACGAGCUCAUCGGCGACUUCGACGAGCUGCUGCGCAAGCCCGCCUUCGGCAACAUCGAGAAGAUCAAAACCAUCGGCGCCUCCUACAUGGCGGCCUCGGGGCUGAACACGCAGCAGUGCGCCGACACGGCCCACCCGCAGGCCCACCUGCGGGCGCUGUUCGAGUUCGCCCUGGAGAUGAUGCGCGUGGUGGACGACUUCAACAAGAACAUGCUGGGCUUCGGCUUCAAGCUGCGCAUCGGCUUCAACCACGGCCCGCUGACGGCGGGGGUCAUCGGCACCACCAAGCUGCUGUACGACAUCUGGGGCGACACGGUGAACAUCGCCAGCCGCAUGGACACCACGGGCGUGGAGUGCCGCGUGCAGGUGAGCGAGGAGAGCUACUGCGUGCUCAGCGGCAUGGAGUACGACUUUGACUACCGCGGCACCGUCAACGUCAAGGGGAAGGGGCAGAUGAAGACCUUCCUGUACCCCAAGAGCAGCGAGAGCGGCCCCGUGCCGCAGUACCAGCUGUCGGUGUCGCCGGAGAUCCGGGCGCAGGUGGACGGCAGCAUCGGGCGCUCGCCCACGGAUGAGAUCGCCAGCGUGGUGACCGCGACGAGCCUGGCCGUGAACCCCGUCGCCGUCGGCGUUUCGGGCGUCGACGCCGGUCUGUGCCCGGGCCUCGGAGCCAGCAACGGCCUUCCCAGCCACGGCCUUCCCAGCCACGGGAGAGAGGCGCCGGAGUACGUACCGAGGGCGGACGCCUCCCUUGCCAAGAGGGCCGCACCCGCCCUGGCGACCCUGCCGGUCACAGCCAUAGGAGCCAAUAACUCGGAUCCCGUCAUCUCUUCCUUAGCUCAGCAAAGUAUACCGCAACCGUUGACGAAAGACACACAAUGACGAGGAAAGGAUCAAAUGUGUAGAGGGUUGGGACAGUGACGUUAGACUGACUACCAAACUUUACUUUUUUUUUUUAUAUACAAUGGCACUUAUAUUCUUUGUCUUGGCCCUUUAAGCUCUUGAAGCUCUGAGUCGCUUGCUUGCGUUUGCACUGGUGGCCAAUGGGUCUUACCAUGGCUAGAAACAGAGCACACCUAGAGAGAAUCAAAGAGCUCACUCGGGGCUACAGCCAGUCAGGAAAACGCGAUGAGGGGGUGAAAGGUCAAGCAGAAAGGGCACACUGGUUAUCGGGAACAUCCAUGCAGGGGUUGAUUUGAAGGAUCUCAUUGCCUCUUACCAAACCUACUUGAUUGCUUUGAAUACCUUUAAUCUACAUUUAUGUUUUAACUUUUUGUAUUCCUUGUCUGUAAAGUGCCUUUAGAAUAGAACAAGCCUAUGUUGGUAGAGGGAUAGAUAUAAAAGACGUUCACGUUGAAAAAGGUUUAAGGUUUUAUUUUGUGUUUACAUUUAUUUGUCGGUUGUUGUGCGGCUUCAUUACAGUGUUAUUUCUCUGCCUUUUAACCAAUGAAGAAACACAUGGAUCAUAUGAAUAUUGGAAAUAUGGAUGUUACAAAAUGAUUACAAUGUGUGGGUACAACUUGCAUGUGAGACCUCCAUACAAUGUUUUAUGUUAUUUAACAGUGAAACCUUUGAUGGGGGAAACAUGAAGUAUUUAGGGGGGUGAUCUGGCCUGUGUGUGUGUGUGUGUGUGUGUGUGUGUGUGUGUGUGUGUGUGUGUGUGUGUGUGUGUGUGUGUGUGUGUGUGUGUGUGUGUGUGUGUGUGUGUGUGUGUGUGUGUGUGUGUGUGUGUGUGUGUGUGUGUGGAUGUGUGUGCAUGCAUAUUCGUCUCUGUGUACACGUAUUUGUGCGUUUUGUUCAAACCCUGGUCCAGGGCAUGAUGGGGUUAGACAUUAUACGAGACUUACAGUCUACAGCGUGAGAUAGAAAAAAAAAGGAUGAUUGAAUCCUUGCUGGUUGUUGACUUUUCUGGCCUUUGUUACUUGCAUUACCUUAGUACUGGGCCGAAUGUCCUCUGUUAGAAUAAUGCUAGCAUGGUAUGGUAGAUGCAGUUCCAGGGAUGGGCCUGCUGCAGUCUGAGUAUUUACAUGUAGUCCACCGAAUUUUGGUUAACAUUGAGAGCACCCUAGAUUUAGAAGUAAGUUAGAUUAGAGCAGGCAAACUCUAGAUUUCCCUAUUUCGGUCUGUAUUUCCAUCUCUUGGAGGAGUGUGCUCAGAAGCAGGGCGUUGCAUUGAUUUGAAUACCACAUCUUCUUCUUGAAAUGUUUGCCACGUCCUGAAUGAGCACUCGACCGAUGUAGUUGUAUGUCAACCUAGUCAUAGCUUUCGAUUCGAUUUUAAGAUACGAAUAUGGCUUUACAAAAGGUAGGUAGAGCAAUUUGAAUACCAGUUUGCGAAUUGUUUGCUAAGUACAAUAUAUGUGUAGAUAUAGUGCCUUUCAGCCUCCUCUGAAAACGUUUCAAUUUUCAACUGUUCAACUAGUUUUCUGCUUGAAUUCCCAAGAUUGCAGAUCUUCAAGAGCUUAAGCCAACGUGAAAACUGGAAAAUAUUUCCCCUCUUUGUUGCAGAAAAAAACCCAUAACAUGAGCUAAUGCGCCUUUAACUUUGAACUGUGCCUUUUGUUUUUAAUACAGUUUGAAUCAAUCAUAGCAAACAUUAAAUGAAUGAAAUUACAUGCAAACAACUGCUUUAUUCCAAUGCACUAAAAUGGAGAAUAUUGAGAAGGAAUCACCUUUGUCCGGUAAAAUAAGGACCUGUGGUUUAGCGGUUCCAAGUGCAAUGAUCCAUUUGAAACGUUAUCCGAUUGGAUGGUAUGUCUCUCUUCACUCCUGAGCACAGAACCCAUGCAGUAUCUUAGAGUUGGAUGUUAACCUAAUCCCAUCAGUAUUGUAGAAAAGGGAAAUGCUCUAUUAGCGUGCCAUGCAGAAUACAAACGUGUUUAUUUCAGAUGUCUCUUCAAUAACCACUUUUUAUGAACUUUCAGGAUAUAAAUUGUUGUGUUUCCAUUGAUUAGGCUGGAUAACUUAUAUUCAAUACAAAGAGUAAGAGAGGGAAAAAAAGUUUUCUUUUAAGGCCAACCUUUAAGAUAGAAACAAGCUCAAAAUGUUUACUAUUGAAAUUUCAUGAACUAUAUUCUGAAUUUGGUUUUAGAUGAAUGUGUGAACAAUAUUGCGACACACUAGGAAAUACUUUUAAGCCAAAGAAUGUAAUUGCUGUUUUAAAAAAUAUUUCUCUGCUUUAAAAAAUUCAGCCACUGAUUUAGUUGUGAAAGGUAAUCAGUUAAUUUUUAAGUAAACAUUUCCGAGCAAUUCAUUUUGUAAAUGUACUUUAUAUUUUUCUAUAACCUCAUGUUCAGGCAUUUUCUUAUCAUUUAUACACAUGCAUUUGCUUGAUUUAUAAUGAAUUAAUGGGCACAAGGCUUUUAACAGAAUUAAAAUACUACUUUUACCCCCCUUAUAUGUGUUUGUAAAGUAGUGCGAGGGUUGAAUACAAGGAAGAUGAACACACAAACACAAACACAAUGCUUUCCGUGUCCCAUCUCGAAUAGGCUUUAACAACAUACAUCUUUUUUAAUGUAGUGUCUAGUUAUGAAUAUGUACUAUGAAACAAAAUAAGAUGAGAAUUAACUUCAUGUCUGUAGGCCCUCUAGUUAAGCCUAUAGUUGUGUAUAAAGGAAAUGUUUCUGUUAGUUCGACUUUUUGUAUGUGGCAUGCUUGGGAAGAGGCCUAUGCAGCUUAAAAUUCAAAUAAAGCCAGCUUUGAGGA